GUGAUUUUUGAAAACAUGGAGAGACCGUUACAAAUACGGAUUCACGAUGAGAAUGGGGAGAGUUGUAGUGACAGUGACGAGGAUAGUGUUGGGUGCGAGAUUCAUAAUCAGCUCAAAUUGUACCAUAAAAUGUUACGACAACUUCAUACUGAGCUUCAUGGCUGUAGUGAAGAACCUGGCAUGGGCGAGUAUCUGUGUAUUGGAGACUAUAUCUGUCUGUAUUGUGAGGAGACAGAGGGAUAUGUGUACAGCUCCCAGUCCAGUUCCUCCAAUAACGGGUUAUACAUUUACACAAACCAAGAGCGAAAUAGGCCAAGAAAUAUCCCAAACCCCCAAGUGGUGGUAUUCCAAGUGUGCAUCCAGAAUAGGUACAAGCUCAACAAGAAGUACAGGAAAUGGAUAAAUUCAAUUCAGUCAGAACAUCCCGAGCCUUGUUCUCGAGGUCUGCUCAAACAAACCAAGUUAGCAGCAGAAGCAGAGAACAAGGACAACGAGGCGGAGCAAAAGAGACAACACGGCAAGCGUGUGAGAUACGGAGAAGUUGUACAGCUGAAACAUGUGUUUACGGGGAAGUUUGUUCACAUGAGUACGACACAAACCAGUCAGAAGGACAAAAACAACAUGAAGGUGUCGCUCCAUGAGUACAACGCAAAGAACGCCCAAUUCAGAAUCCUUCCGCGUUACAAGGUCAAAUCAGAAGGAGAAAUAGUUCAACUCUUUGACCAAAUUGUCUUUGAAAGUGUGAAGUCACAUGGGCAUUACUUUCAUGCGAGUGAGCCUUUCCAGAUUGACCAUUUUUCUUAUGGAUCCGAACUGAAUCUUGGCGUUGAGCGUUCAAGUUUUACUCUCAUAGGAAGUUACAGGGAACUUCAGGAGCAAGAGAAAUUUGUCAGGGGUGGAUCUGUAAUACGGCUAUUUCAUAAAGAACUAGAGGCUUACCUGGUAGCAGAAGGGCUGUUUGAAGAUUGCGUCACAGAAGAUGUUCACUUCCGGAUUCGGGUGAUUGACCAACACAAACCACGUUCCCUGUCUCCGUCGACUUCCGGAAUAACUUACUGGCAAAUCGAGGCUGAGCACAGCAUCCUAGACGGAGACAUAUUAAGAUGGGAACAACAAGUGAGAUUACGUCACUUCCUGACAAGACAAUACCUCUGUAUAGACUCCAAGAUGGACGUCUCCCUGGUGACCGACCCCUCUGACCCCAGAACUGUCUUCAGACUUCACUCCGUACUCAAGGAGAGAGAUGAAAUAUCUUACGAGAGUUAUGCAAGAAUAGAACAUAUGCUCACGGGAUGCUGGCUUCAUGCACUCAAAGAUGAAGAUUAUGAGAGAAAGGUCACAGAUGGCGAGGACAAACAGAAAUCCAUGCAGGGCUUACGAUGGGACAGCGCUGGUGUCCGAAAGGUUUCCGCAAGCAGCGAGAGUAUGUACGAUGAUGCAUACACACUCCAGUGUGUGUUACCAGAAGAUGUCCACAAUUUUAACUACGUAGCAGGAAUGGUCCCUUUCUUGUUCAACCUCAUACAAGACCUUCAAAUGGAACCGCAACUGAAUGCUAAGAAGACACACGGAAUCAUUACUGCUCUAAAAGAAAUAAAGAUGUUCAUGCUUCCUGGAGGUCAACCAGAUAAAAACCGACAGAAGCUCAUGAGGAAUUUAAGGGUGAUAGACUUGUUGGUGAAUCUGCUUCAGUGUCCUCUGGGGGAGGGGGACGAGGAAUCCCACGUCAUCAGAAUCUGUAAAGAGGCUUAUGAUGUUCUUCACGCCUACAUGAUUGGAAAGAGCAGAAAGAACGCUCUAUACAUGGCCAAAUACAUUGACUUCUUCCAAACACAAUUCACACAAAAAGGAGGAAUAGGCCUGAAUGUCGCCCAGAUGAUUGUUGAGUUGAUCAGAGACAAAAGAAAGAUAGUAGACCGUAUCACCAAAAACAACAUUGACACGUUUCUUCAGCUUUUAAGGACAAAUCAAAACUAUAGGUUUCUUGAUUUGUUGCAUGUCCUUUGCGUUUGUGAUGGCGUUGCAAUUCCAAACAACCAGACCUAUAUCGUGGAUCAAUGGUUACGUGAAUCUAGAGACAGUGUGUACUUGACGGACAGAGGACAGAACAUAAACAAACGCCCUAACAUUGUGUACGUCUCCACGGAUCAGGGCAGGACCUGGGUCCCCUUACACGUGUUUGUAGAUUUUGAAAGUUCCGAGUAUGAUGAAGAGAAAUAUAAUUUUCUCAUUCACCAAUUAGACCUUUUCAAGGCUUUGUGUUUUGGUCGUAAUGACUAUGCCGUUCACGUGAUCACACGAGAGUUCGGCUAUUUGACGUGGGAAGAUGCCUACCUCUGUCUUACUGCAGAUCUACUUCCGGAUCAUAUUCGAGCCAAAUACUGCGAGCUCAUUAUUGGACUUUUUGUUGAUGUGGGAAACAAUUAUUCCGUGUUGGACCACCCCAAUAUUUGUUUUAUCUACGAAUAUGUCGGCUCAAAGGACUCUGAGAGGGAACAGAGUUCAUUUGUUGUGAAGGACCUGGUGACCAUAUUUCCUGUGCUUCGAGACUGGAUGGCAGAAUUCCUGGCUGUGAACUGUCAGAUGACUGCCUCUGCGAUAGGUCAUAACCUGUUAAUAGAGCAGGUGCUUCACUUGCUUCAGCACCUGGUGAAGUUUGGUUACUACAUGGAUAUGGAGGAUGUCAAGCAGUUAUUAACGCCACUACUGAGUCUGUUAGACGGAACACACGAUGUUCCAUUCCCUAAAGAUAAAGACAGGGGCAAAGGAUACUCAAAGGACUCCCAGAAAGCCGUAAACCAAUAUAGAACCAGUGGAAGGUUUGAGCAAAGCAAAGAGGCCGAGGCUGUAGUUAAUGCCAAAUACCAGGCAAUGGAGGUUCUGGAUUUCCUUCUUACAUUCCAAAGAAACUUGCGAUUGAAGGCCUUUGUCUCCAAGUUCAAAACUUGUGAGCAGAAUGCGUCACGACACCGAUCCCUGUUGGUGAUGGAGCAACUCAUGUAUGAGACGUACAACCCACAAGUACAGACCAAAAAGGCCCUAAAAAGCCAGAAGAAAGUCCUGAAAGAAAUCCGAGAGAUGGUUUCUAUGUCCUCCAUAUUUGAUAUGGAUAAUACAACACGUGUUUUACUUGACUUGUCCGAAUACAAAUAUGAUAGAGUGGUGACCAAAUCCCUAGACAUCUUGAACAAGCUUUAUUCAUCUCAAGGAGACAUGUUUAAGCUUGCAGAUAGAGCACAGAUUCUUCUGACGCAUGACUCUGCAAGAGUACACAGGGAGGUACAAAGGAGUCUCCCGGUAUUGCGAAGACUCGCCAAGCAGAAACUCAAUGACCAACAGGUCCAGCUAAUGAGCGAAAUUCUGGAUGAACUCGCAGAGUUCUGUCACUUACCAAAGUAUCCAAAAGAACCUCACUUCAUGAACCAGAACAUAAUGAUCAGUCAUGGAAUCCUUCACAUAGUUGUUGAUAUCCUCUCUCAAGAAAUUGACGCCAGACUAGUCGAGCAGCAAUACAUGGGAAUGGCCACGAUUUUCAAGAAGACUCUGUAUCUGAUGGAGCUGUUGGCACGUGAGAAUUCUGCUGUUCAAGAGACCUUAUUUGAACACAUUGAUAACCUUCUUGAUGUGCAAAUAGUACCAUCCAAUCUCGCGAUAGCUCUGAAAGAGCUUUUCAUUGCAAAUCAAACUACCUGCUUAAAAGUGUCAUCAAAGCAAAUUCAGAAAAUCGUCCUGCUGUGUUCACACCACCAGAACGAGGCUCCAGAGUUCCUGGAGCUUCUCAGUGUUCUUGUGAAGGUUGAAGGCCUAGACAUGACCAUAAAGAGAAAUCAGGCAUUAGUCAUGAAGUACAUAAUGCAAAAUUACAGAAAGGCCGCGUAUGUCCUAGAUCAACCAAGAGAUCAAAGGGAGAUAAUUUUAACCAACCAAGGUGAGAGGGGAGAUUUGAUCUAUUACAUUGAUUUGGUGGACCUGUUGGCUACUUGCGCUGAGGGAGAAAACAAAUUUAUUGAGUCCCUCUGUCAGACUAUAUUACCGGUUCAGGAUAUUCUUUGGGUCAUCAACCAUCCAAACAUUGCAUGCAAUCUGAAGAAGCCGUUUGUGAAAUAUCUAAUGUGGGUCUACAUGAAACCAGUGGGAAGUAUGACCGAAAGUGGGGCCGCAGAUCUGCAACACAAUAGGGAUCUUUGGGAGUUCAUCGAAACUGCUAGUGAUGUGAUCAAUCAAGUCACGCAAGCAAUAAAACUUCAGGGAGAGAAAAUAUCCACAGUACUAAAAGGCCCACCCUCAAAAAGUUUUAUCGACGAUCCCCAUGACCCCCGAUCUGUUGUUCACGGUGGAGUGUUUUUCAUUUUAGACGCAGCACUACCUUUCUUCGAGGUUUUCUUCUCGCUGUUUUACGCUCCAGACAAGGAUUUAUAUCCCAAUGAGGUCCUUGUCACAGACAACUUGGCUACUGGAUUAACGGCCUUUACGGAUGUGAUUGGUUACUACUUAACUAAUCCAGCUCACAUGAAAUCUGUAGUGUCCUUACUCACCAUUCUCAUCUCUUCUUCAUCCUCACCAAAAGCGGCUUUGAUCUCAGUGUUGGAAAAGUUCAGUACAGAAAUGAAGUUAGGUGACACAAAGACAGCCGUUCGAAAGGGGAACAUGGAAUACUAUGCCUCAGAACUUGAACUGAAUGCGAAGUUCCACACGUUUGCUACCAACAGCAGUGUUCUAUUUAGAGGUCAUAACACUGUACAGGCCCAACUGAAAUACAAAACCAAAAGAGAGUACACCGAAAUUGGUUCUAAUGAGGAAUUACCACUGGGAGAAGAAUUUCAGAGUCUGUUGAAAUGCUUCAUAGAUCAUCACGAGAAAAAAUACAACAAACGAUACAAUCCUGCAAAGAAGUUACUACAACAACUAGAAAUUUCCGCGAAGACAGUGAGGAAGGGGAAUGCUAUAACAAGUAACACGUCCCAAGAGGACCUGGAUAUUAAGUGUCUUCAGCUUCUAAGGGCUCUAGUUCACAAUGAGGAGAGGAAAUUACCAGAGGACUGGGAUACCAAAACUGCUGAAAGCAAAAUCAAGAGUCAACUUGGGCAUAUCAAGGAGGUCCAAAAUGCUAUCAAUGCCCACGACUUUGUCAACAAGGUUCUGCCUCAUAUUGCCCGGAGAAGUGACAGUAUUUGUCGAGAGGUCUUAGCUUUCCUUUCUAUCAUGCUGUUCAAUGCCAACAGAGACGUCCAAAAAUCCAUGCUGGACUAUUACUUGUCAACGAGGGAAGAGGUAUUCUUCAUGGCUGUCCGCGAGAGAAUGCAGAUUUCAACCAACUCUAUCAAAGAAAAAAUGAUUCUGAGGAGAAAAUUCCAACAAAAAGGACGUUCAUUGCUUGCUCAGCAUCAGGGACGGGUCAAGGAAGCCUUAGAUAAUCUAAGUUCUUUCCAAACCAGUAUUUCAGCAGGGAGAAGGGCCUUACAGAUGAUUCAAGCAUAUGAAAUUAAAAUGAAGAAAGAAAAGAUGCAAGGAUGGGCUGCUCUAAGUAGAGCCAAAGCACCUGUCGUCGAAUCCAAGAAAGAGAAGAAGAAAAGAAUAAAGGAUCAGAAAAGGAAGAAUAUGGUGAUUUCAAACGGAAUCAAACGUGACUACACCAGUAACGAAGCUCUACUUAAACACCCUGACACGCCCGACACUCUGCAGAACCCCGUCACGUUAUUUGUCCUAGAGCCAGAGCCUAUGCCCGUUUUAGUAGAGGAAGAUGAGGAGAAGGCGGCAGAAGAAAUGAUAGCCACAAUGAAUGAGGGCGUGGUCGAUAUGUUAGAAUACAAAGAUGAUGGCUAUAUAGAGCUCAUCUUCAAGUUACUGGCCAGAAUAUGUGAUGGGCAGCAUUUUGGCUUACAAAAUUACUUACGAGAGCAGCCAGACAACGUUAAAUCGUUCAACAUUGUUGGAGAAACAGCCCAGUUCCUCAAUGUUGUGUACACAACCAUCAACAAGAAGACAAUUAAUCUCAUCAUUCAACUUUUUAACACUCUGAAUGAAUUUUGUUCGGGAAAUCAGGAAAACAGGGUUGUGGUUUAUGACAGAAAACUAGUGGAUUACAUCAAUUUUAUACUGAGAGCUGGGGACAUUGCAGAUUGUUCACCAGAAAAGAUUCUCGAGCUACGACACGCGAUUGCCUCAGUGAUCAUCUCCUUAAUCGAAGAGAAUGGACCAGGAAAGUCACAGGUUGCUAAGGAGGUGAAAGAUACGCUGGAUAAGGGGGCAAUAUUUCGCUGUAUGACGUUGUGUUAUGAGGCCCACCAAUCAGAGAAACCUUCUCUUGAGGAUCUGUCUCCAACCGAGGACGGGAGUGUUCUGAAAUCUGCUCGUUCAUUGGCUGUUGUGGGAGGCAGUAUAAUUCAAGGAUUUGUGGGUUCGCAGAAGAACCAGUUGAGGGAUACCUUAAUGGAAGUUGGCUUCACGUUCUUCCUGAUUCUAGCUAGAAUGCAAGACAUCGAUCCUCUAAUGGGUGCAACUCUGCAGAUAACCCCAGAUCAAGCAAAAGCAUAUGAAUUCUACAAAAAAAAUUCGCUUUCAAUUGAAAUCAUCAAGGAUGACGUUUUGCAGAAAGUAAAUUUCCGUGUGAAAAAUAAGAAUUUUCUUCGAGAAGAAGUGAAAGAGAAUUUGAAGUGGAAUGUGGAUCGUACAUCGCCGAGCAAUAAAAUCCGAGAUCUAAUGAAAUGGACACGUGACAUUAUGCAGGAUAUUUCCUACCAGAGAAAAAUUCUCUGCAAUCCAAUAGCCAUGAUGUUUACAAAAGGAUGGUUGCUUUGGAAUCAUGGAGCGACCAUACUGAGCCUUGCUAUCAAUCUGCUCAUGUUGGUGACUUGGAAUGCAAAAGCCUCUCUUGAGGACUACGGAAAGGUCGUCAACGGUACAAACCAGACAUUAAGCUGGGCGCUGCUCCAAGAUCCAACUCCUAAGAUUGUACUCAUCCCUCUUGACCAUUACAUACUGACCAUGUAUGCACUGGGAGGUACACACAAUCUUCUGUCCUUGUUUGUCCUCAUCAGUUACUUCUUGUCCAACCACCCUCGACUUCCUACCAAAGAGGAGAUAAAAGCUCCCUUCAGAAUGCUUUGUGGUGGAGGAAAGAAAAACAAUGGAGACCUUCAACAGAAAAAGGCGGAUGAAAUUUCUAAACUAGAUGUUAAAUUCUUUAGCUUCACCACAUUUUAUUAUAUGUUAUUCCUAGCAAUGUCAGCGGCUGGGACAUUUUUUCACGGAUAUUUUUUCGCAUUCCAUCUCUUGAACAUUGUCAACAACAACCAGCUUCUCAGUGGAGUCAUAAAAGCCGUCACUCUCAAUGGAAUUUCAUUACUGUGGGUGGCUAUUCUUGGACUUAUUGUGAUAUAUAUUUAUGCACUUGUUGGUUUUUCGUUACUUCGUGCUUUCUUCUCUCCUGGCGAGUUUCUGUACUGUUCUACUUUAUGGCAAUGCACCAUCACAGUCAUUCGUUAUGGACUUAUUGGGGACAUGUUCGAUUCUGUCAAGCAAAAUGGAAGGAAUGAUACUUUUGACUCGUUUUGGCCUCUUGUUCUGUACCACGUGUCUUUCUUCAUAUUCAUCACCACCAUUGGUCUUAACAUAAUUUUUGGUAUCAUCGUCGACACAUUCUCGGAGUUACGUGAUCUAAAGUGGCGAGCUGAAUCUGACAUGAAGGACACAUGCUUUAUUUGCAGCAGAAAUAGUUAUGAUUUUGAACACACGGGGAAGGGAUUUGACCACCAUGUUCGCAAUGAACACAACAUGUGGGCUUACGUAUUUUUCUUGAUACAUCUGGAGGAUGUAAAGACAAGUGACUUCACAGCGUUAGAACUUUACGUCCACAAACUUGUUGCGUUGGAGAAUUAUGAUUUCUUUCCGAUGAACCGAGCCCUAUGCCUUACUUCCAUAGACACCGACUCAACGGAGUCCAAAAUAGACGAACUCUUAAAUAGGGUCACAUCAAUAGCUUUGAAGCAGAAAGAGGAGGAAACGGAAAAGAAACGUAGAGCAGAAAAAAUGAAACAGAAGCGGUGGCAAGAAAAGCACCGUCAGUUCAUGUUUGGAAUUCAGGACGAAGAGAACGGAAAUGACAAUGUAAAAUCACAGACAAGUACUAGUGAUAAGAUUGUCAUCAAGUCGAAAUCCGACAGGUCUCUGUCUAGACCCCCCAGCAUUAUCAGUCUUCAGAAGACUCCCGGUCAGGACCAUGGAACUCCUGAAGGGACCCUCGACCGGAAGGAGGUCAGCAGGAAAGACAUUCUCGAACAGAAAGCAAAACUUGCUCUGAAAGAGUCUGACGAGUCCGAGGUAGCGGCGACCGAGGACUCGGACUCUGUGGGGAGUAUUCAUGAGGAGUAUGACUUGCUCAGAGAGGAUUUCUCCACGGCGGGAAUGUUGGAGCCGAUGCCUGCUGCUUUUAGAGAGCGUGCCUUGUCCAUCCCCGGAAUCUCUUCUCUAGUUCCGCAGUCGGGAGAAGAAGAUCAGAAAUCUGGAGAUGAGCUUCGUGUUCUUGUUGAAGAUGAAACAGACGAUGAUAGUGUGAAAGAAUCAACAAGACUUUAAACAAGAGAUAAACAUCUGAGGUUACAAAAUUACAUUCUGCAUAUGAGGAGGAAAUGCAAACUUUUCCUUCACCCAAGGGAUCAUUAAAAAUUGAGGUAUCAUGAACAGUGACAGAAACACAUCUAAAAGGUGUUUUUGAAUGCUUAAAUUACUACAACCAUCAAACAGCAAUAUUCUUGCUUUCAGUACUGGAUAUUUUAUUUUCUGUUUUGUAUAUAUACAUUGUAUUUGUAAAAGCUAUAUUUAUUCAUUGUUACAUAAUCCAUCAUAGAUGCAAUAUUUGUUGUGCAAUACGUCUUUGUAUUUUUAAAUCCGAGAUUAAAUAAUGCACUUAUUUGUGUAGCUUUUUUCUCAAUGUUAAACAAAUUUUAAUGUUGUACAGUUUUUUACUGCAAGAUCAUAAUUACAUUACCCGGUUUUGAACUAUUAUUAUAGUACAAAUUAUCUUGCUUCUCCAUGUUUGUAUUUUGACAACUUUUAAGAUAUGAAAUAAAUGCGUUAACUUUUUAUAA